CCGCCCUUGGUCCCCCCUACGCGACGCUCGCGCAACGGCUGCAUCGACUGCCGCAAGGCAAAGGUCAAGUGCGAUGAGAUUCGCCCCUCGUGCGGAACUUGCGCGCGGCGUAGGCUCGCGUGCCAGGGAUACAAGACGCAGCCUGGCUCUGCCCAACAUGCCCGGCACUCACCCUCGUCUCUGCUCGCUGCCGGUGCUGGUGCCAGUAAUACCGCCGCUGCGGGAGCAAAAAAUCCAAGCUCAUUAGCAACUUCAAAUCGGCAGACGCUGGCUCUAGACACGCGCACUUUUUCUCUGCUUCCUCCGGGGUCGGUGCCUGUCGCGGACCAGCCGUAUCUUGAAGUGUACUUCAACAGACACCCCUUUGAGCUGCUGAUAGGUCACGAGUUCGUGUGCGAGAUGAACGCCAACAUCGUGAUGAUGCUGCAGCAGGAUCCGGUGGUGAUUGCUGACACGAUCUCGGCCAUUGGCUAUUCAUAUGACGUCGGCAGCUCAUCCGCGGCACUGUUACCGGUGUUGAACCGGAGGGCAAAGAUCCUCGCCAACUUGAGGAAUAUGAAGCCCUCGACUCACUACUUUGAAGAGGCGCUCUUCCUGCUUCUCGGACUGUGUGCAAUGGAACUCGUCACUCUGGCACAACCGGGACACCAUGCAACCAUACCCACAGUCCUAUCAAAUGUAGCCUCUCUUAUCAGCCACCACGUUUCUACGGGAGGCGACGUAUCUUCCGUGGCGAGAUACUACCUCCGGGCACUGGCGAGGCAAGAUCUCGUUGUCUCUCUGAUCCAGCUUCGCCGUCCUAGGGUUCCCAGCUACGUCUGGCUAGAAAAUGAACCGGCUAAGCCUGACCGUCUGCUUGGGUAUACCGUUACCCUCAUGCCGUUACUAGAAGAGCUCUGCACUCUGGCCGAAGAGGUCCGCGACCAGAUCCUUCAGUCCGCCUUCCAAGAUAGCCUCUUGGGGGGUGGCAGCGCAACAUCGCCAACAAGUACAGAGGAAAGGGGCUCCUCGUCUCCGCCAGUCUGCAUCGACAGCUGGCUCGACGCGGGCUACUCCAACACCGCCCUACGCGCCGACUCCCUCCGCUUGCGCCUCGAGUCCUGGAAGCCCACAAUCUCAGACAGCCUGUCCUUCCGCUCGGCGCGCAAGUUCCGCGCCCAAGCCGCCUGUUACCGCGCGGGCGCGCUCCUCUACCUGCAC